AUGACAGAUUUCCUUGUUCACCUGGAAGAGGUCAUUCCACAGCUUGAGCACAUUCUCUUUCCGAUUAUUGAAUCCGAUCGAUUCCGAUUCUCCUCAAUUCCAUGGAAGUUCUCAGCUUCGAACUCUCCUAAAAAGAUUAGUAACCCAUGCUGCGUGCGGUUGCACAUCUCAGCCUUCGAAGACUUGGAUUCGAAAGUCGGACUCGAUCAACUCGGAGCCGCCGCUCUCUGUCCAUCUCCAUUAUGCACUGCAUCCCUCGUCGGGUACUGGUAUUGCAUAAAGGAACUGCAAGCUGUAGAAGAUCUUACCACCGUGAACGUCAAGUUCGUACAAACUGCUAUGUGUCUUGUCAAGCAACUCUGGCAUGAAAUGUCAGACAGCAUGUUUACGUUAAAAGCACAUAAUCUAUUUGACCAUUGCGUUCUCGAAGAAGUUGAACUAUACGGCAGUCCUUAUGUAUGGAGCGCAGCCCCAUUCGAAUUUAUUCACCGCAUUCUGCAAGUUCCGCAUAAUCAGUAUGUAUCGUACUCCAAUGACAGAAUUCUUAAUAGGUACGAAGUGAUUUCAAUAGCUCCAGGCAACGAGAAUAUUGCUGGCGCUGCAACUUGGCAACCAUCAACAUCCAGACUAAAGUCUCCGCCUACAUACGCCGAAUUGCGCCCUUUUAGACCUCAAAAUCAGGAUUAUGCAAACGAUGAGAUCCCGGCUUUAUCAAGUCCGUAUGCAGGGGAAGUAUCGAGAAUCCUAUCGCCGGAGACGAGCAUGUCAUCGCAUUACACGACAAAUUUCAUAGUGGAAGCAAGGGGGCUAGGUCAACGAGAGCUCAGUAGUUGGAGGUUUGAAGGUCUGAAGUGUUCUGAUAACGCGUUUUGGCUGAGCUUAGCCGAUUGUGAAGAGGAGCGAGAACGCGAAUUCAAACGUCUUCUGAAAGCCAAACUUAACUGGGUCCGAAUAUCGAAAUCGUGCAUAGCAAAAGCACUAGAGGAUGUUCGUGGCUAUUGCAUGUGUGAAGGACGCUUGGUCCCUGAAGUGAAUGGUGAUGAGGAUGGUCUGCGAUGGGCUGAUAAGAAAGCAAUGACACCUGAAGCGUGGAGACAACUGACACUGAGGGAGGCGGCGCGAUUGAUUGAUUGA